UUUACAAACGUUCUCUUUUGAUAAACAUAUUUUGUAGGGUUUAUCUUUUAUACUUUCUGAAUCAUUGGUGGUACAUCUAGAAGCAAAAAUGGGCCGUCGUCCUGCAAGAUGUUAUCGUUACUGCAAAAACAAACCGUACCCAAAAUCACGGUUUUGUCGUGGUGUGCCAGAUCCCAAAAUUAGAAUCUUCGACUUGGGAAAAAAGAAGGCUAAAGUAGAUGAUUUUCCAUUAUGUGUUCAUCUCGUAUCUGAUGAAUAUGAGCAAUUGUCAUCUGAAGCUUUGGAAGCUGGACGUAUUUGUGCCAAUAAAUACAUGGUUAAACAUUGCGGUAAAGACCAGUUCCACAUUCGUAUGAGACUUCAUCCGUUCCAUGUCAUUCGUAUCAAUAAAAUGUUGUCGUGCGCUGGAGCUGAUAGAACACAAUGA